ACUGUAUUACAAAAAAAAAGUAAGGCACGGUGGAUACAGUUUUCCGGCCAAUUAUCUGGGCCGUUCCAAGCCAGUCGCUUGAUCCGUACCCGUACCUGAUGCGUGCGCCCGCACCCAUUGAAUUGAACAGUGAAAACUCACGACGCCGUCGCUGGCUCGUCCCAGAGAGUAGAGACCCUUCCAGGCGGGAUGUGCUCGCCGUGGGCUCAAGCGGCGGUGCCCUGCCUGCGCUGCCCGGCUGGUGUUCGACAAAAUGCGUGCGUAAGGAUGCGCCGUCUAUGGGCGGCGACGGUGUGCACUUGCAGCCCGAGCCCAGGUCGCGACUUGCGGAGGCCGCGGCACGCGGGCCUACACUCCUGGCGGCGCGAUGCGACCUGCAGGCGCAUACCAUGCCGACAUGGCGGACUGUUCCAGGUUCGUCGUGCCCACUGACCAGCUACCAUCUUGCCUAGUUAUUUCUCUGCGUGUUCUUCUGAUGCUGAUGGUGUUGCUUAGACUUACAUUGCCGAGUUGAAAACUUGUAAUUUCAACAGUGCGAAAAACUUGUAAUUUUUGUGCGGUGGAUCGACUCGGACUCGGAGAAUACGGAAAACUAGACGUGGGUUUCUUGUUAGAAUGUCUAUUCCAGGGACGGAAAAGGACGAGUUUUGGAAUAGAAUGUUCUUAGCGCAAAGUUGUGAUUGGUCACCACUUGUCCACUUCGUUCCACCAGUAUAAAACAAUUCAGCCUACAUCCUGGUAGAGAAGCCCUACUUCAAAUGGCAUUAACUUACUAUGAAAUAAUGCAACUUGAGUUCGUUGUGAUGUGGACAAUUGGCCAACUUAUGAAAAGUACACCAUUGACUUAGAAAAAUAUCAGCAUGAGUCUUGCCGGUAGGACCCACCAACUACUACUACAACAACCAAUGUACUACAGUUCUAUAAUAGAAUAGCUGGAGGAUCAAGAUUGAACAAACAUACCAGUGACACAUGUUCAUUAUAUAUUUCUGUAAGAAAGUUAUCAACUAACUAUAUACCCAACUGACGUAGUUAAUUAUUAUAAUUUUUUGGGCUAAGCUGACACCAGUUCAGGCCUUACUUAGAUAGCUCUUCAUGCUUUGUUAUCAUUUUCAGCGUGUAUUUCCUUGCCACCAAACAUACCUGGGGAGGUGGAUGGCAGCAAGUUCAUCUAUCAUGAUGCAUGGUGACUGAACCUCGAACUCAAACAAUGUCAUGGUUAUUGCAUACUUACAGUUUUAAAAGGUUGCCAAAAAGAGUAAUUCAUGGUUUUAUUUAAGACAAUGCCCUGUGGUAGUACAAAAAGACCAAUACCAAGUCUCCAAAACCGGGUCAACUUAAAGGACAAAGACAAGUCUUCACGCAUACCUCGUGCAUUUAUUGAAAACUAAAGCAGUUAUCAGCUUUCACACUUACUAAUUGAAAAUGGCAAAUCAGGAAACUACAUUGAAGUUCAGUUAAAGAUGAAAUGACAAAAUAGAAGAAAGUGGAGUAAAAAAUAACCUGACUAGUAAACCUACGAAGCAACGCAGAUUGUGCUCUAAGCAUAUGUUGGACUAGUUCUUUCCUCCCCUUGUUGGAAACUUCAUUGGAUGUUUCUGUAACCUGUAGGUCGUUGUCAUAAUUAGACAAUGCCCCCACAGAGUUAAGUGGACAUGUGGAAAUUUGUGAUGUGAACCUAAUUAACAUAAUUGAUUGGAGUAAAAGCUGUUUGUGUGGUCCACUGCAAGAAACUUCAAUUACUAGAUGAGGCUUCACUUCACUGUGUCUUUUUUGGCUGCUGGCAGCCUGGCACUUCUGUCUGUUUGAAGCGGCCCAUGUCUUGGACAUUGGAAUCUUUAUAUGACUACAGAGCUUCCACUGUCUCUUAUUUCUUAUCUUCCUCACCUUCUCCUUCUACCUAGUGGAGGUGUAUCCAAACGGAGCGAGCUCUGCAUAUAGCUCAUGCUCUUUUUUCAGAUGUUAGAAUCUUCAGAGACGAAAUAGAGAUUUGCUUUGCUCCAAGAUCAAGCCUAUGGAGUCUCAACAGCAGCCUACCAUUGGCCAUAUGGCUAGCAAAUCUCCUGAAGAACAACACGAGCUGCAGGAAGGCCAGGCUGUCCAGAAUCCUAGCGCACUUCAGGUUCAGGCUGACCUCCUAUGGAAACUGAGGAAGUACUUGAUGCUGCUGGCUAUCCUAGCUGCAGCCAUCACCUACCAAGCAGGGUUAGCUCCGCCGGGUGGGUUCUGGCAAGACAGCCUGAAUGGUCACAUCCCUGGUGAUAUUGUGCUAAGAGUUAGCUACCCCAAGCGUUACUAUGUGUUCUUCUACUGCAACACAACAGCGUUUGGGGCAUCACUCAUUGUCCUUAUACUGCUCCUGGUCAGGGAAUUGAGCCGCAAUGUGGUUUGGCUUGGGGCACUACAAUUUGCAAUGGUACUGGGCCUGCUUGGGCUCAUGGGUGCCUAUGCUGCAGGGAGCUGCAGGGAGGUGAGGACCUCAGUUUACAUUUGGGUAUUACUUGUUGGCAUAUUUGCAUAUAUCACAGUCCAUGUCAUAUUCUUCCGGCAUCUGGCACCUAAAUGUCUGCGGGAUAUAUUCAUGAAUAUCCGGAAAUACUGGAAGGAUAUCCUUGCAACCAUUUUCAGGAAAACACAGAGCAAUGAGCCAGAAACUCCAAUGAAUGAUCGGGAGGCUCAUGAUGAGGGGGAAGAAUUGGAGCGGAAUCGCAGUUUCUUGCUGGUUCUUGCCACAUUAGCAGCGACAGUGACAUAUGUUGCAGGGCUAAGCCCACCAGGUGGCUUCUGGCCUGAUGAUGACAAGCCUAACCACCUUGCCGGUGAUCCAGUUCUGCGAGAUCAUUACCCCCGUCGAUUCAAGGCUUUUAUGGUCUGCAAUGCAACUUCUUUUGCUGGAUCCCUUGUGAUCAUCAUUAUGCUCCUCAGCAACACAGCAGUGGAUCAUGUUGUCAAGUCAAAUGCUCUGCGGUUGUGUGUGCUGGUGAGCCUCUUUGGGCUUAUGGGGGCCUAUGCUGCUGGGAGUUGUAGGGAUGUCCGUACAUCUAUCUAUGUCUUCUCCCUCGUUGGUGCAGUUUUGCUCUACCUUGCUCUUCAGUGGAUUGAACCUAUUGUGACAAAACCAGAGUGUAUAGAGAAGUCAAUUGGAUGGAUGAGAAAGAAGAAGACCGAAGUGCUCCAGAAACUGAGCUCUUUCAUUGUGAAGGGGAGUGGGAAUCCAGAUGAUGGCAAGCGUACAACCCUGUCAGGGCCCAAUACACAACAUACAUCAAACAAUUUUAGUGAUGCUAAAGAUGACAUCCAAAAACUGCGCACAUAUCUCCUAUUGCUUGGUAUCCUUGCUGCCACUGUCACAUAUCAAGCUGGACUAAAUCCACCAGGUGGAUUUUGGACAGACAGUGUUGAUGGGCAUAUUGCCGGGGAUCCAAUCUUGGAGACCAUGCAACCAAGGCGUUACAAGGUGUUCUUCUACUGCAAUGCCACAGCAUUUGUAGCAUCUUUGGUGAUCAUUACCUUACUCCAGAGCCAACUGAUUACUGUUAGUGCCAUGAAGCGUCACAUACUGCAAACAGCCAUGAUACUGGAUCUCUUUGGACUUAUGGGAGCCUAUGCUGCUGGAAGCAGCAGAAAGUUCUCGACAUCCCUUUAUGUGUUUGUCUUGGUCCUUCUUGUUUUCAUCUAUGUUGUAAUUCAUGUUCUGCUAUCUUUGGCUCUUAUGACACGACCCAGAAGAGAUGAUGCUAUGGAGAAUGAAGAUGAAGAUUUGGAGAAACGGCGUAAGUUUCUAAUGUUGCUUGCAAUUCUGGCUGCUUCCAUCACAUAUCAAGCUGGCAUAAGCCCACCAGGUGGAUUCUGGGAUGACAAUAAUGGCCACCAAGCAGGUGAUCCAGUCUUCCAUGAUGAAUUCCGAACCCGCUACAGGGUUUUCUUCUACUUCAAUGCAACAGCUUUCAUGGCAUCCUUGGUUGUGAUUAUGUUGCUUGUUAGUAAAAGGUUAUGUCACAAGGGUCUUGAGGUCUAUGCGCUGCACACAUGUGUUUUGGUUGAUCUGAUCAGCCUUAUGGGUGCUUUUGCUGCUGGAAGCUGCAGGAAAGUUUCAACAUCUGUGUACGUCAUCCUUGUCGUUGUUGCGGUGUCUGCUUAUGUGAUGAUUCAAGUUGUGGUUCUGACAUUUGCAAAAGACAAGGUGAACAAUUUGUUGGAAAGUUUCAACAUCUGUGCACAAUUUGUUGCAGUGUCUUCUGUGCGCCAACAGCCAUCCAUGAAUCACAAAAGAAGCAUCCGGACUAGAAAGAAACCUGAACACAAAUGGCGCAAAGAUUUGAUGCUGAUCGGGACUCUCGCAGUCACUGUCACAUACCAAGCUGGGCUGCUCCCGCCAGGUGGGUUUUGGCCUGAUGAUCAGGUAGGCCAUUUUGCAGGUGACCCAAUCCUCCAUGAUACCCAUCCAUCACGGUUUAAAGUGUUCUUCUAUUGUAAUGCCACAGCAUUCAUGGCAUCAAUGGUCAUGGUCAUCCUCUUGCUGAACAACACAAUAAGCAAGUACAGGAGAUCUCUUCUUGCUAUGAAGACAGCAAUGGUAUUGGACUUGUUUGGUCUCCUUGGAGCAUAUGCCGCAGGCAGCUGCAGAAAGUUCAAGACAUCUGCAUACGUUUUUGCACUUGUCAUUGCUGUGUUCAUUUACAUUGUGAUUCAUGUGUUGCUGUCAUUCGAUGAGGUGGCUUUAUUGGUCAGAAAGAAGGGAGAAAAGUGGAUUCCUUGCCUGAAAAAAAUGUGGGCACCUAUCGAAACUGAUCCUUUAAGCCUUCAGCCAUAUGCUGGGCAACUGGGGGAGAUGCCUGUGUAAUUGUAUUCUUGAUGUGGCAUUUAUUGAAUUGAUGUGCCUGAUAUAUACAAAGAUUUUAUCUCAAUGUUUCUGUUUUCAUAAA